UGAAUUUCAGUUUUCCUUCUUAAAUUUAUAUUUUAUGUCUCUCUAUGAUAUCAAGUUUACUUUUUCGACAUUGCAAGCGUGUACUCCUGCUAACACGCCAAAGCAGAAUGUCUGUGGAAGCAGUGGCUUCCUCUGGCAAGGGAGAUAAGAAGCAGGGGAAGAAGAAGGAGAAGAAAGGAGGAGGAGGAGGUGGUGGUACACAGCAACAUGAGCUAAAUCCCUGGCCAGCAUAUAUUCAGACAAGGAUUGAUCUGUUUGAUAAGCUCAAGAUCGAAUCUGAUGCUAAGCUUGCAGCCAAGGUGCCUGCACCGAUCAAGAUAACUCUGCCUGAUGGGAAGGAGGUCGAGGGUCAAUCAUGGCGUACUACUCCUUAUGAAAUUGCUCAGGGCAUCAGCCAAGGGCUAGCUGACAAUGCUGUGAUCUCCAAGGUGAACGGUGUCCUAUGGGAUCUGGACAGACCGUUUGAAGAAGACAGCAAGAUGGAGUUACACAAGUUUGACAGCGAAGAAGGUCAGCAGGUCUUCUGGCAUUCCAGCGCUCACAUGUUAGGUGAAGCUAUGGAGAGGAAGUAUGGAGGGUGUCUAUGCUAUGGACCUCCCAUCGAGAGUGGGUUCUACUACGACUCCUUCAUAGAUGGACAGCAAGUAUCAAGCAACGACUUUGAUAGCAUCAACCAGGUUGUCAAGUCCAUCCAGAAAGACAAGCAGCCUUUCGUUCGACUCGAGAUGACCAAGGAAGAUCUCCUCAAGAUGUUUGAAUACAAUGAAUUCAAGAGGCGCAUCAUCACAGAGCGAGUCAACACCCCCACUACUACGGUGUACAGGUGUGGUCCUCUGAUAGACCUGUGUCGUGGGCCUCAUGUGAGGCAUACCGGCAAAGUAAAAGCCUUUGAUGUUGUCAAGACGUCUUCCACCUAUUGGGAGGGUAAGGCAGACAAGGAGAGUUUGCAGAGAAUCUAUGGUAUCUCAUUCCCAGAUAACAAACAGCUCAAAGAAUGGAAACAUUUCCAGGCAGAGGCUGCAAAGAGAGAUCACAGGAAGCUAGGAAAGGAACAAGAGCUGUUUUUCUUCCAUGAGUUGAGUCCUGGUAGCUGCUUCUUCCAGCCCAAGGGAGCAUUCAUCUACAACACUCUUGUGGAAUUCAUUAGGACUGAAUACAGAAAGCGUGGAUUCCAGGAGGUCAUUUCACCCAACAUCUACAACAGUAAGCUGUGGAUAACGUCAGGACAUUGGCAACAUUAUGACGACUGCAUGUUCCAGAUUGAUGUGGAGAAGGAGAAGUAUGGUCUGAAACCCAUGAACUGUCCUGGUCAUUGCCUGAUCUUUGACACUCGCCCACGCUCUUGGAGAGAGCUGCCCCUGAGAAUGGCUGACUUUGGCGUGCUACAUCGCAAUGAGCUGUCUGGCGCUCUCAGUGGUCUGACGAGAGUAAGGCGUUUCCAGCAGGACGAUGCCCAUAUCUUCUGUCCCCAAGAUCAGAUUGAAGAAGAGAUAACAGGAUGUCUGGAGUUCUUACAGGCUGUGUAUGAUGUGUUUGGCUUCACCUACAAACUCGCCCUGUCCACUCGGCCAGAGAAAUAUCUUGGAGAAAUCGCGGUCUGGGACAGUGCUGAGAAGCAACUUGAGAACACUUUGAAUAAAUUCGGUGCGGAAUGGAGAAUUAACCCUGCAGAUGGAGCGUUUUAUGGACCAAAGAUUGACAUCACCAUUCUGGAUGCCCUUCGUCGCUCUCACCAGUGUGCUACCAUCCAGCUUGACUUCCAACUCCCUAUCAGAUUCAACCUCAAGUAUUCAGCUGCUGAUGGAACAGAGAAGCGACCAGUGAUCAUCCACAGAGCUAUCCUGGGGUCAGUAGAACGUAUGAUGGCCAUCCUCACUGAGAACUUUGGAGGAAAAUGGCCGUUCUGGCUGUCCCCUCGUCAGUGUAUCGUGAUCCCCAUCGGUCCAGCCUUCAAUGACUACGCCAUCACGGUCAAGGACAAACUCCACAAUGCAGGAUUCUCCUGCGAGGCGGACACCGAUGCAGGAGACACCAUGAACAAGAAGAUCCGCAACGGUCAACUGGCUCAGUUCAACUUCAUCCUGGUUGUUGGUGAGAAGGAGAAGACGAAUGGAACAGCCAAUGUGCGUACCAGGGACAACCAGGUCCACGGUGAGAAGUCCAUCGAUGAGAUCAUCACCCGAUUCAGUGCCCUCAAGGAUUCCAAGAGUAAUACCAGUGAAGAACCUUUCUAAAGACUUUCAUUCUAAAGACCUCCAUUCUAAAGGCAUCCAUUCUGAAGGCAUCCUUUCUGAACAACCUCACAAAAACUUGCUGGAAAUCAUCUUCAAUGAGAAACACAACUUUCAUUUGCUCUCAUAGUGACCUGUGUUAAGUAAGCACAUGGUGUCGGGCCUACUUAUUUUGUAUUAUUACCAGAACUCAAGCUUAUCUUUAAGGGAUAUGAUUCUAAUGAGUAGUUAUACAAGGCUAAUAGUUUAUCACGCUCUCUGAUUCCUAUGAAUCUUUCUUACGCAUACGACUCAAGCAUUGAAGCCUUCGAUUUUGAGAUAACGAAAAUGUGAUUUUAGUUAGUCGGUUGGAUAUAUGUGAAGAUGCCUUGUUCAUUUUUUCCCACUAAUUUUAUUUUAUUUUCAAGAGAACUAGAAAUUAUUUAUGAUUAUGUACAUAGUUUUUAGUGAAUUAGUGUAUACCAGGCAUUAACAAUGUGACCACUGAAAAUGUGAGGCAUAUUAAAAAUUUGUGGGUGUAUUUUGUAAACAUCUAUUAUAGUACACUGUUAAGCCAAUUUAUUCUAAAACACUGCAUAUGUUCAGUGUUUUUCAAGGAUUUUUGAUUCUGAAGUGUGUGAAACAAAGCAUUUUUUUCCACUGUACCACUCGAGGCUCAUGUAUGUGUAACUUGUGAGUAACUAUAAAGAAGGAACAGUAUGUAUUUUCAAUGAAAGAACCACCAUUCAUUUAUGGAAAAAAAGUUAUCAGUCUCUACUGAUGUAAAAUAUGACAGCUAUAAACUGUUAGCACUACAACUUUAAAGUAAUAUGAUUCCUUCUAUCCAUUACAAGAGGGAAGCGAGCAACAGGUUGAAAAACAACUGAUAUGUACUUGAAGUGUAAUAUGUAAUGAUGGUAACCUCUGACACAUUUGACAUUCAUUCAUGGUUUCAUGACUGGAUUUGAGAGAUUUAAUGGAAGGAAUAAUUUUGCAUCAUUAUGCUAUAUAGAUCAUGAACUUGACUGCAUCGUAUGUUCCAAUAUAAUUCAUCAUUGUUCCGGGUCCAAAGGCUCUCCAGCCACAAGUGUGCAAUGUAACUCUGUGAGCAACCUUAGGCAAAUGUACUUUGUAUCCUUCAAUUUAAUUUGGCCUUGUGAUAACAAUGGGUUCAAAUUCUUCUUGGUAAUUACAAAUAUUCCAUUUUGUAUUUUUUUUAGAACUCCUCUUCAAAUAUGUCUUAGUCAAGGUUGUAGAAAUAGAAAACAUUUUUUUCAAAUAUCUGGUAACUUUUCAUUUCAUACACAGUUUACACACUUUAUACACACUUGGGAAUGACUAAUUUAACAUGUCACGUAAUGAUACAUGCAUUUAGUAUCAAGUAAAAGUCUGUUUGUUUCAUGUUGACUGUGCCUUUUGAUAUUAGUCAAGCAUACUGCAGAUUCUUUAUGGUCUUCAGUAAGACAUAUCCAUAGACAAGGACUGUAUACACAGAAUUGAAACUGUUGUGAAGCAUUGCUAAAGUAAUAUCUACUCUUUCUCAUGAAACGAUCUACUUAAUACAAGGAAUAAUUUAAAUACAAUUUUCUUUUGCAAAACCAAUGCCAAUUCCAAAAGUGUAUUACACUCAAACUUGUACGACUUGAAAAGAUUCCUAAAUACGAUGUGAAAACCUUCUGUUACGUCAUUAAUUUUUAAACAAGUUAUUGGUGUUGGGGGUAGCAUAUCAUGUAUAGUUCUUCAUUUUUAGUUUUGUUUGAAUUUAAUUCAAGAGAAUUAUGUUUUUUAAUUGCAAUAUUGUAUUCCUUAUAUGGAUGUUACAUGGUUAGGUCGGCUAGUCCAGUGAAGGAUAAAUUAUGUAUUAAAUGUACAUGAAAAGACAAAGUAAA